AUGCCAGUCACAAGAAGUCAAUCGGGGACUCAAGUGAGUCAAGUCAACCACGAUCCAAGCUCAGCGCAAGAGGAUAGUGAAAUCACCAGAAAGAGCCUCGAACAGGAACAAGCGACGAAAGGCUCGUUCAUUGAAUGGUUUGAUCUCGACUAUUCCGACAAUUCAAUCCUAAAGCAGACCGACUGGAAGCUCAUCCUCAAGGAAGUGCGGAAAGUCGACGGCUGUCGCCAAAUCACAUGGACAAACCCCGUGGAAAAUGGCCAGAGACUGUGGAUUAUCAUACGUAAGAUUAAAAUCAGACUCCUUCCAGACAAAUCUAACGCGAUGGUCAAAGAUUGGCGGCGAAGGGCUCAGCGAGACGUGUUUCGCCAGUCGGAUGCAAUGACACAAACCAUGAAAGAAAUCAUCUUUUCACCAAAUCCAGAUUCCCACAGCAAAGCUCUUUCAAUUUAUCGGUAUAUUUAUGCCUCUGCAAAAUUCAUCCUGGAUUGCUUCUCCAAACCCAAUCGUCCUGACAUGGUCUAUGAGGUCUGGACGGUGUAUUUUCCAGUUGAGGUUAUUGUUGCUUUGUUAGAUUCCGAUCCCCUUUACAAAUUUCCGAGGAUGGUCAACUACCGCUCUCAUCCUUACGCAUCAGAAGAUCCUAUCGGCGCGGUUUUGGCACAGGUCACUGCCUUUGUGGCAGGUGAAGUCGAAUACAAAGGGAGACGCUGUAAACGGAUUGCGUGGUUCAUGAACUGGAAAUCAACCGGAGAGGAGAAGACAUACAAAGGGACAGAGUAUGACAGGAAAGAGAAUGGACAAGGGUCGACGGUGAUGGAAUCUUUCAUUGAGAAGCUACAUGGUCUUGGGAUGGUGGGAUAUGAAUCCUGUCAUGCUAAGUUUCAGGAAAUUAAACAUUGGAGUUAG